UCGAUUUCUGUGCAUUUUCUUAAAUUUCUUGUUCAAUGUAGACGCACGUGUUUUCGGAUAACGUUGCAACUGUCGGAAGCAAUUUCGUGAAGAGGAGCAUCCGAACACUUGCAUAUAAUUCAUUAUGGGUAAACCAGCAUUUUCACCAGGUGGUAGAGGAGGCCGUGGAGGCGGUCGUGGUGGUGGUCGUGGAGGAGGUAGAUCAAGCUUUGGCGAAGGUCGUGGAGGUAGUAGAGGUGGAAGAGGUGGUGGUCCUCCACGUGGAGGACGAGGUGGCAGCCGAGGAGGAAGAGCAAGCACUGGUGGUGGUGGUUUUAAAGGAGGAAAGAAUGUGAUAAUAGAACCACAUCGCCAUGAGGGAGUGUUCAUAGCCCGAGGAAAGGAAGAUGCAUUAGUAACCUUGAGCUUGGUACCAGGGAUAGCAGUAUAUGGAGAAAAAAGAAUUAGUGUUGAGUCUGAUACACCUGGUGAAAAGAGUGAGAAGAUAGAAUAUAGAGUGUGGAAUCCAUUUCGAUCUAAAUUAUCUGCUGCUAUUCUCGGAGGCAUUGAUAAAAUUUAUAUGUCGCGAGGAAGCAAAGUAUUAUAUCUAGGUGCAGCAUCUGGUACCACUGUGUCCCAUGUCGCUGACAUAGUUGGUCCGGAAGGAACUGUGUUUGCUGUGGAAUUCUCCCAUCGAACAGGAAGAGAUUUAAUUGAUGUCGCUAAAAGAAGAAGCAACAUCAUACCUAUAGUCGAGGAUGCGAGACAUCCUCACAAGUAUAGAAUGCUUGUAGGGAUGGUAGAUACUAUAUUCUCGGAUGUCGCACAACCGGACCAAGCAAGAAUCGUUUCGCUAAAUGCACAGAAUUUCCUAAAGAACGGCGGACAUUUUGUCAUCUCUAUCAAAGCAAGUUGCAUAGACUCCCUCGCUCAACCUGAAACGGUAUUUGCGUCGGAAGUGAAAAAAUUAUCUGCCGACAAUUUGAAACCACAAGAACAAAUAACACUCGAACCAUAUGAAAGAGAUCACGCUGUUGUGGUCGGAGUUUAUAGACCGCCACCGAAGAAAGCCAUCUAAAAUUAUGUACAUAAAUAGUAAUUAUGUUUAUAAGA